AAAAAAGAGAAAGAGAGAGGGGGAGAGAAGCGGUAACAGCAACGGCAAGGAGGAGGAGGGGGGUUAGUAGAGAGAGAGAAAAAAAAACAAAAAACGGUUCAGGGAGAGAGAGUGGGGGGAAAGAGGAAAAGAGAAAGGGGCUCUCUUUCGGGGCUUUUUUUUUUUUUUGACGAGCUGCCCGGGCGGCUGUGUGCUCUGUUUGGAAUAACCGACGGCUUGUGUAACCCGCCUCUGGAGGAAACCGCGCUGACCCAGAUCCAGGCAGGCAGGCCGGCGAGCUCCAGUCGCGCGAUCGCUCCGUCGUUAGCUUAGCGGCGCUCCGUCGACGACAAAGAGCGACUAAUAAACCAGCGCCGGGGCUGGGACUCUGACACAGAGAGAGAGAGAGAGGGAGAGAGAGAGGGAGUGAAAGAGAGAGAGAGCAAAAGAGAGCAAGCAAGCGAGAGAGCAAAAGAGAGUGAGAGAGAGAGAGAGAGAGAAGAGCAGCCUCUCCCCUCUCCGUUUCCCCCCUGCGUCAGCUCUCCUUUCCGUCGGCUGCUCAAAAUGUCCGACACGCGGCCAGGGGCAGAGAGGGGCUGUUCUCCUUCCCGAGCCUGCCUCUCGCUCUGACCGUCGCCAGGAAGACGCCCCAGACGACAUGGAGACUCCGAGCCUCCGCCGGCGGUGAAGUCACCUGCUAGAGGCUCGUGAGCCGGCCGCCCCCGGCUGCUCUCCUUCAAGGAGAGGCUCCCGUUCGGCUUUGCUGAGACGUUCAAGCCGCUGGUGGGGAAGACGGUGCUGGGCUCCAUCGCGGCGGUGGAGUUCUUCUCCGACAGGCAGCUGGAUUUCCUGACCGAUGACGGCGCCUAUCAGCCCUAUCAGGAUGAAGUGGACAGCUUGAAUCCUGUUCUCAGGGAUAAUCCACAGCUACACGAAGAGGUGAAAGCCUGGGUGAAAGAUCAGAAGGUUCAGGAAAUUUUUAUGCAAGGUCCUUAUUCGUUGAAUGGCUAUCGCGUACGAGUUUACAGACAGGACUCUGCCACGCAGUGGUUCACGGGCAUCAUCACCCAUCACGACCUCUUCAGUCGCACUAUGAUUGUGAUGAAUGACCAGGUACUAGAGCCUCAGAAUGUUGACCCUUCUAUGGUACAGAUGACUUUUCUAGACGAUGUGGUCCAUUCUCUGCUAAAAGGUGAAAACAUCGGCAUCACGUCCAGACGCAGGUCCCGUUCCAGCCAGAACAGCAACACUGCCCAUCAGACCUCAGGAGGGAGACCUACCGGCACCACUGGAAGCACUCAGGGUCACUACACACGCGCUCAAGCCAACAGCCCCAGACCCGUGAUGAACUCCUCCAGCUCCGGGCCCAAGCAGGCGGGGCAGCAGCAGCAGCAGCUGGGCCAGCAGCCCCCUCAGCUCCCGCCCCAGCAGGGCCAGCAGUCCCCCGGCCAGCAACGCGUCUCCCGCUCCGGCCGCAGGAAGGGCUCCGACAGCAGCGUCCCCGACGACGACAAGAUCAAGGAGGAGAAGACGGACGGCGGGAGAGGAGACUUAUCGAAGAGCAAAAGCAAGCAGAUGGUGAACAAGCGGAGGAAACCCGAGGACGACGACAAGAAGGGUUUGAAACGGCUGAAGCCGGACAACGUCUCGGACUUCUCCGAGAGCAGUGACUCUGAGCACUCUCACAAGAGGGCCGCGGACUCGUCCUCGGAGCACAACUCCGAGAGCGAGCUGAAGGGAAAGAGCACUUCCAAGGCCAGCGAGGAGGACGAGGACGAGGACCACAAGUCCCAGAGUUCCAAGGGGGGCGGCGAGGACCCGGCGAGGAUAGGCGGGCUCUCCCCGCGGGGGGAGAGGGAGAGGGAGAGGGAGGGGGGGGAGAAGGGCCGGCUGGGUGAGCCGGCGCUUUUAGCGGACUGUGAGCGGCAGGAGGACAAGGCUCCGCCGGCCAAGCCGCCCACCCCCUCCGUCCCCGAGGUGCAGGGCUGCAUCGUGGAAAUGAAAAGCACUGUGAAAACGCACGGACCCAAGGACCAUUACGGCCCCUCCGCCGGCAGGCCCCAGUGCGUCAUCGACAUCACGGAGGAGGGGAACGCGCGCCCGGGGUCGCGGGAGAGCUCGGAGGCCGUCUCGGCCCUCCUGGCCUCGCAGAAAGCGGAGCUGUACGCGCCCGAGCCCCGCCACCUGGUGCUGAAGCCGGCCGCCCUGGACUGCAGGAAGCUGGAGGCCGAGCAGCCCACGGUGCGCAGCCUGGGCGGCAAGGCGGAGUUCGGCCAUUCGGAGGUCAUCCGGCCGGUCACGUCCGUCAGCGAGUCGGCCGCCGUGGCCGAGCGCGAGAAGGUUCAGCAGUACUCCUCCAUCGUCCCCUGCGUGGCUGAGGACGCCCGGAGGCCCCGCAAGUCCAGCCCCUCGCCCGACGUCCUCAAACCCAAGUGCAAUCCCUCCCCCGACAUCGUCAAGUCCAAAACCCACAGCGUCCUGGAGACCACCAAGCCCAAACCAAACACGUCCCCCGAGGUGUCCAAACACAAAAUCAGGUACCCGGACGCCGGCCGGCCCGCGUCGAAGGCCGAGCUGGACGCCCUUCCCCGCUCCAGCUUCAAGCCCGUUCCCGCCCGGGAGGCGGGGGCCGCGCAGUCCACCAAGAGCCCCCUCAUCAUCGACAAGAACGAGCAUUUCACCGUUUACAGGGACCCCGCCCUCGUCCGGCCCGAGGCGGAGACCAACCACAUCGCCUAUUUGCACCAGCACCUGCACCCGCUCCACGCCUCCUCUCACCCCACCUGCCUCACCGCCAACACCCACCACCCGUCCCACCUCCUGCAGGGCUCGCCCAUCAACGCCCACGCCGCCCACCACUCGGUCCACCACCCCCACCUGCUGCCCGGGGUGCUGCCCGGCCUGCCCCCGGCCUCCCUGCUGGGCGGGCACCCCCGCCUGGACUCGGGGCACGCCGGGGGGCUGAGUCACCUGGCUCUCGCCCACCACCACCCCCACCAACAGCAGCAGUUCCUCCAGCAGCAGGCCCCACCACCUCUGCUGGCUCAGACGCACUCUGGCGCCUCCUACAGCCAGCUGGGGCUCUACCCCAUCAUCUGGCAGUACCCCAACGGCACCCACUCGUACCCGGGUCUCGGCCUGCCCUCGUCCAAGUGGGUGCACCCCGAAAACGCCGUCAACUCUGAGGCCAGCUUACGGAGGAACUCCCCCAGCCCCUGGCUCCACCAGCACACACCGGUGACCUCUGCCGACAGCCUGGGGUUACUGAGCCACGUCCCGGUCCGACCCGCCAGCGCCGACCCCCACCGGCCAAUCAAGAUCAACGCUCACGCCAGCCCCCCCCUGUCCAAGACCGCGGGGGACCUGCACCGAGAGGAGCUGGAGAAGAAGGGCUUCAUGGACCCGUUGCGAACCAUCACCACGGCCCACCUGAAGCAGGACCAGAGCCGGAGCAGGACGCCGACGGGCAAGGACGGGCACGCGGCCCGGCUGUUCCUGGACCCCCUGUCGGCCUGCCACGGCAAGCCGCCUCCGCAGCCCAGGCUGGCGCCGGACCCCGGCGACCGGGCCAGCAAGUACAAGGAGGAGAACCGGCGCAUCCUCCAGGAGAGCAUCGAGGUGGCCCCUUUCACCGCCAAAAUCCGGCCCAGCGAGGCGGAGAGGGAGCCCUACCAACGCGUGCCGCCCAAGGGCCUGGCCCUCCACCCGGACAAGGACCUGGAUCGCUCGUCCCCCGCUACUGCUGCCGAACUCUACAAGUUCAAACACGCCGUCCCGCAGACCCUCCCCCCCAGCAACUACUUCACCACCCUGUCCAACAGCGUGGCCAAUGAGCCGCCCCGCCUCUACUCCUCCAAGGAGCUCAACUCCUACUUCGACAAGGUGGGCGGAGGCGGGGCCGGUCAGCCGCCCACCUCCAGCCCCAUGUCGCUGGCGGGCUACGGGGCCAAGCCCUUCUCCAAGCCCCCUCCUCUCAUCAAGCACCAGCCGGAGGGCGAGGGGCUGGUGGGUAAAAUCACAGAGCAGCUGUCCCAGCAGGUUGCCAUGCACCCGAUGGGAAGCCCGGUGGCCAGUGAGAGGAGGACCCCGGCCGCCUCCCCUUCCUCCUCCUCCUCCUCCUCCUCCUCCUCCAACCCCCUGCGCUGCAUGCCAGCCCUGCACCGGGCCCCCGUGUUCCACCCGCCCACCCAGCAGACCCUAGACCGCAAGGAGGCGGGCUACGGCCGGCUGUCCCCGCCCACGCUCACGCCCAUCCAGCCCGUCAGCUCGGCCGGGAAGGUGUCGGAGCAGCAGAAGCCCCCCACGCUGCUCCCGGAGCUGCGGGAGGUGGCCGGGGCCCAGAAGGGCGGGGGCGAGAUGGCGUCCGAGGCGUGGAAGCCCGGGGACCCGCAGGGCCACGAGAAAGCCGGGUGGCACUCGGAGAAGAGCGGGGCGAAGCCGCAGGCCGCCACGGCCUCCGUUAUCGUACGUCCGUCUACGUGUAUAAAGUACGACGGCUCGCCAGGACCCAGGACGGGGGUUAAGGAGCCGGCCUUGGAAAGGCCGUUCGCGGGUAAGAACCAGACAGACCACCCCAAGCCUGACCAAGGCAGGGAGCCGGGGAGGGUCAUCCUGCCCAACACCAACCUGGAGGACGCCUGCAUGCAAUACAAGAAGAGCCUUCUGCGGGCAUCGCAUGGAAGCGUUCCCAUUCCCACGACCUCCGUCAACUCCGUGUGCCACCCUAAGCCCGAGGUGACCACGUCCGUGUCCUCCACCGCCAGCGUCCUGAGCCGGGGGUGCGACGCCGUGUAUUCGUUGGCGGGUAGCGGACGGCCAGCGGUCCACCUGGGCGUGGAGCUGCUGGACGACCGGUCCCGCACCACCUCCCCUGGAGCCUUUCCGGGCCCGCCGGGAGUUGCCACGACGACCUCCGCGGGCCAGCCGUUCUCCACCAGCUUUGUCCACCUGAAAAAGCACAAGGCCGCGCUGGCGGCCGCCCAGUCCAGGAGCGUGUGCGCGGGCGUCACCGAGAGCGAGCCCCCCGGCCCCAAAGCCACGCCCUGCCCGCCGCCCGUCACCCAGGACGGCCUCGCCCCCGGCAACAACGCCCCCGGCAACAACGCCCUCAGCAAAGCGCCCAGCUCCCUGACCAACGGCCAGCCUCCCCCCGCCCAGCUGGUCCAGCCCAACUACCACAAGCUGAAGAAGGCCUGGCUCACCCGCCACUCGGAGGAGGACCGCAACACCAACAAGGUGGAGAAACUCGCCGGCCCCGUGUCGGAGAUCAUCAAGCCCUGCACCGUCAGCCUCAUCGCCUCCACCUCCAGCGACGUGGAGAUGGGCAAGGAGGCCAAGCCUCCCGGGGACAAGCCGUCUCCGCCCCAGCCUCCGCAGGAGGACAGGCGGACGCGCCGGGGCUCCAAGCGGGCCUACGAGUCGUGCUCGGACAGCGGCGAGGACUCGGACGAGAGCGAGAGCAAGUCGGAGCAGAGGGCCAAGCGGCAGCCCAAGCCCACCUACAAGAAGAAGCAGAACGACAUGCAGAAGAGGAAGGGCGACGAGAAGGACGAAGACGAGCUCAAGCCCAACGGCAUCUUCCGCAGCGCCAGGGAGAAGACCAAGCUCAAGCUGGCCAGCAGCAAUGGCAUCCCGCGCUCGGUGCUGAAGGACUGGCGCAAGGUGAAGAAGCUGAAGCAGACGGGGGAGUCCUUCCUGCAGGACGACUCGUGCUCCGAGAUCGGGCCCAACCUGCAGAAGUGCCGCGAGUGCCGGGUGGUCCGCAGCAAGAAGGGAGAGGAGCCGGCCCACUCGCCCGUCUUCUGCCGCUUCUACUACUUCCGCCGCCUCUCCUACAGCAAGAACGGCGUGAUCCGAAUCGACGGCUUCUCGUCCCCGGAUCAGUACGACGAGGAGGCCCUGAGCCUGUGGGCGCCGGACGUGUACGAGGACAACGAGCUGGACAUGGAGACCUCCAAGUACAUCCUCAGCUUCAUCGGGGACAAGUUCUGCCAGCUCGUCCUGACCGAGAACACGGCGGCUACGUGGAUCAAGAAAGACGCCAAGAUCGCCUGGAAGAGAGCCGUGCGCGGGGUGCGGGAGAUGUGCGACGCAUGUGAAGCCACAUUGUUCAACAUUCACUGGGUCUGCCAAAAAUGCGGAUUUGUCGUUUGUUUGGACUGUUACAAGGCGAAGGAGAGGAAGAGCUCCAAAGACAAAGAGCUGUACGCCUGGCUGAAGUGCGUCAAGGGACAGCCGCAUGACCACAAGCACCUGAUGCCAACGCAGAUUAUUCCAGGAACCGUUCUGACAGACCUGGUCAGUGCCAUGCACACGCUCAGAGAGAGGUACUGCAUUAAAUCACACUGUUCCUGUGCCGGGAAGCACACGUCACUGCUCAACAAGAUCCCGUCCACCAACGGAGUCUCCCAGGUCCUGCAGAACGUGCUGAACCACAGCAACAAGCUGUCGCUGUGCAAGCCGGACGCCCCGCAGCAGAACCCCGGCCCCAAGGUGGAGGCCAACGGGGGGAGCAGCCCGGCCAGCGACAGCAGCACCGACAGCAGGCUGACCCCGCCCGAGUCUCAGUCCCCGCUCCACUUCCUGGCCGACCUGGCCGAGCAGAAGUCCAGGGAGGAGAAGAAAGAAAAUAAGGAGUCGCCGCUGGGUAAGAUGGUGAAGGAGGAGAAGGAUCACGGGGACAGCCUGGAGACGCUGCACUGUAAGGCCAGCACUCUGGUGGUGUCCAACAGUACGGAGCAGGGCUCCACGCUGCGCGACCUGCUCACCACCACCGCCGGCAAGCUGCGCCUGGGCUCUACCGAUGCCGGCAUCGCCUUCGCCCCCGUGUACUCCACCGCCUCGCAGACCGGCAAAAGCGGCCGCACCAUGCCCAACAUCCUGGAUGACAUCAUCGCCUCGGUGGUGGAGAACAAGAUCCCGGCCAGCCGGACCGCCAAGCUGAGCCUGAAGCAGGAAGUCGGGGAGGAGCCCAAGCCGGAGCGCAAGAAGCCUGCGGGCGAGGAGCCCCCGAAGCUGCACGCAGACAUCCCCCACUGCUGGCUGUACGACCGCCACCUCCUCUGGCUGAAAGACCACCGCCACCCCGGCAACUGGAGGCUGUUCAGGGAGUGCUGGAAGCAGGGACAGCCUGUUCUCGUGUCGGGGGUACACAAAAGACUGAACGCCUGUUUGUGGAAGGCCGAGUCAUUUAACCAGGAAUUUGCCGACCACCAAGGAGACCUUUUAAACUGCAAGGACGGCGUGGUCUCCAACUCCGGAAUCAAGGAAUUCUGGGACGGCUUUGAGGACCUGACAAAGCGACCCAAAUCUAAAGACGGGGACACAAUGGUGUACCGGCUGAAGGACUGGCCCUCGGGGGAAGAGUUCAUGGCGCUCAUGCCCUCUAGGUACGAUGACCUAAUGAAGAACCUCCCCCUCCCCGAAUACUCGGACCCCGAGGGCAACCUCAACCUGGCCUCCCACCUGCCCACGUUCUUCGUCCGGCCGGACCUGGGGCCCAGGCUGUGCUGCGCCUACGGCGUGGCCGCGUCGCAGGAGCAGGACUUCGGGACGGCAAACCUCCACAUGGAGGUGUCCGACAUCGUGAGCGUCCUCGUGUAUGUGGGGGUGGCCAAGGGAAACGGAGUCCUCUCGAAGACAGGUGUGUUGAAGAGGCUGGAGGAAGAGGAUUUGGAUGACAAUGUGAAGAAAAGAUUAAAAGACUCGAGCGAGACUCCGGGAGCCCUGUGGCACAUCUACGUGAGCAAAGACGUGGAGAAAAUUAAAGAGUUCCUGCACAAGGUUGCUAAGGAGCAGGGCGUGGAGGUGCCGGCGGAGCACGACCCGAUCCGGGAGCCCGGCUGGUACCUGAGCAGGAAGCUCCGGCAGAGGCUGCUGGAGGAGCACGGGGUGCAGGGCUGGACCGUGGUGCAGUUCCUGGGGGACUCUGUCCUCAUCCCGGCCGGAGCGCUGCACCAGGUGCAGAACCUUCACAGCUGUGUCCAAGUGAUUAAUGACUUUGUAUCACCGGAACAUGUGGUGCACUCAUUUCAUUUAACACAGGAACUGAGAUCCUCCAAAGAAGAAAUUAACUACGAAGAUAAGCUACAGGUCAAGAACAUCUUUUAUCACUGUGUGAAGAACGCAGUGGGAACAUUAAAGAGGUGCUGCGCCGAAGAGCAGGACGAAAGCGAACAGAACUCAUGACACUUUCCCCUCGUUGCCGUUGAAGAAUGACGCGUCUCAGACCUUCUUCAUCUCACACGAAAUAUGCACACUAACCUUAGCAUCAUGAACCUCCAGUGCCAAGCAGACUAAAAAAAAAAUAAAAAUAAAAAAAACUCUAUUUAUUUGUUACUGACACCAUAGCAGUAUAGCCCAGAGCAUCAGGAUAACUGUGAUUCAAUGCAAGUGUAAAGAUAAUCUGCAAGUAACAGCACUGCUGUUCCCUCUAGUGGUUGUUUUUUUGUUUUUUUUUCUUGUUUGUUUGUUUGUCCUGUUUUUUUUUUGUUUUUUUUCAUUCUUGUAUAUUGUUUCAGUGGAAAAAUAUUCAAAUGAUGUAUUUAUUUUUUAAGAGUUCUAUGCUAUUAUGUGUUAUAGAUCAAAUGUAAAUGUGACUUGUACAGUUUGCUAAAUCGAUUCUGAUACCGUUCACUACAUUGAGACAGUUACUGUGAGAGGAUCCGGACACCAGCUAUUGCCUGUACUUGGGAAUCUUUGCUGAAUUGCAGUCCUCAUGCCAUAUCUUUUGAAAAUGAACUGCCAAACUAUUGUAAACAGUGUAAAGUUAUAUUAUGUAAAGAAACUAAAGGCUAAAUGAAUAACACAAAACACUUCAGCAUUUUAUUAAAAAAAAGUAUUCGCUGUAAAAUGGAGACAUUUACAAAAGUUGUAAUUUAUUCAAGAAUAUCGUCUCGUUUUUUGUUAAAAUUUACUAUGGUGAACUUUUGAAGUUAAAUGAAAAAAAAUAAAAAACUUAUUAUGCUGUGUAAAUAUAUACAUAUAUACAUUCAAUGAUGUAUUUUUUUAAAACAUGGCUUGCUUCAAUUUCAAAUUUUAAAAGUGCAAGUGUUACAUGCUUUGUACAUUGAAGUUCAAAGGGGUUUUACAUUUUCCAUUAAAAUGGAUUUAUCAAAGUG